AUGGUUGGUGGCGACGAAGGGGAAGGACAUCAUCACCAUCACGAACAGCACCAAUACCAACAGCAGCCGUAUCCACCCCACCACGUCGAUUCAGCGGGUGGUCGUCAGCAGUGGUCGCGCCUUCCUCAGCCUUCUUCGCAGCAGCAACAGCAGGCGGUCCAUGUCGCCGCUAGCGCCGCGCCAACAGGAGCAUCGAUGGCGACGCUUAUGACCGGCCAGAAGGGCCACGACUCGAACCUCCAUCAUCCUCAUUCCGGUCCGAGUUCCUGGGCGACGACAGCCAAGGCCAUCAUCGGUCACGACGUAACUCACCAAAACUCGCCGUCCAUGCUGUCACAUCCCAUAUCCCAACACGCACAACACCAACAACAGCACCAUCGAAUGCUGCAGUCACGGCCUCAGUACGCGAGCCAGGCGCAGGGUUUGGGACCGGCUCAAUUGCCGCCGUCGUCCAAGACUGCCGGGAUUGUGCUCCCCCACGUCGCCGUCGCGUACUCAGGAGAGGAUCCAUUAGCGCCGACAUACGGUGCACAUAUCUCGACCCUGGCCCAGACCUACCCUCCACAUCCACCCCAACAUCAACAAGUUCCGUCCUCGUGGUCGACCCCUAAUCCCACGCACCACACAGGACACACGGGUGGUCAAGUCGCCGCGUCGUCGUCCUCAUCGUCGUCUAAUUCUCGGGGCGCAAAAACGAUUGGCGGCGGAUACGGGAACCGCGGCGCCGAACGUUCUAGGUCCGCUCGAGGCGCCAACGACCUCGACCUCAUUUCCAAUCGGCAGAGACUGUCUCCUCCCGUCGGAUCAUCGGCUACCGCUACCGUCACCGGCACUGUUGCUUCGGAACACAAAAUAUCGCAAGCUGGGAGUAGUAGCCGCAGUGCCAAUGUCGACCCGUCUCGAUUCGAGUCGCGUAGUAGUCAACCGGGCUCUUCAGUAGUCGCAGCCUCAGGGGAGGGUCGCUUCCAUCCAAGCCAACCGAGCACGACGGGAAUACAAAAGUCCGCGAGCAAGCCAUCCGAACCUUCCUCGUCACAGACGGCGAUCAUCAAGUCGGAAUCUGACUCGUCGUCGAGUACUCCGGUCCUGAAUAGCAAAAAGCGAAAAGCGAGCAAACCGCGCGAGUCGGGCGACGCCGACACGGUCAUCACCGAAAAGAGCUGCGCGCGUUGCAGGAUUCGCAAAGGUUGGCCCUGUGGCUCCCAAGGAUUUGCAAGGUCUUUCCUUUCUUGAUGCUGAUCAAUCGGAUUGUGCGGCUCCUAGUCAAAUGCGAUCGCGCGUUUCCCGUGUGCAACAACUGCAAGAUCCGCAACGAAGAGUGUGAUCUCAUUUCGCUGCAUCCGAACGAUAAAAUGUCAGUGCAGCACAUUUUACAGGCUGUCUUGAAUCGAACGUGUGUACUGACCCUAGGGGUGACUCUUUGGGAAAUGUCGGGGUGGCAGAUCCAUGUCUGCCCAAGAUGCGGCCCAAACUGAACGGCUAAAUCGGAUGGAGGAAAGGCUCAGUCAGUACUAGCGCCAGCUAGCUUGCUCCACUAUUCCGUCCAUAGCUUACUGAACUAGCACUUCUAUCUUACCAGUGGAAAUAGAGCAGCAGCUUGGAUCGACGGGCGAGCACGAUGAACCACACGAGCCCGUGACGGUAACGUGGUCGUCACCGGCCUCGACGUCAAGUUCCUCAGCCCGAUCACAGCCCCAGACCGCGCUGAGUCGAGUCGAGGGAGCUCGUAUUGGGCAGCAAUCCGUAGACUGGCGCCUCGCGACUCCUCAAUUGGCUCGGUCGUUGACGCAGCAUCUGUGUGAAGGUUCGUUCUCCCGAUCUGCCUGUUAUGCCUGUUAUGCUAGGCCCAAUCUGACCACCGUCCCGUGCUCCCUCAUUGUGCGAUCAGCCUUUUUCUCGUCUUGCUGCUUCCAGAUGCCGUCGUUCGACUUCUUCCGUGCAUCGAUACCGCAAUACCAGCAAGUCGACAAGCUGCCGGGCCCGAUUCAGGUCGCAAUCGCUGCCUUUUGCGCAGUCGGAGCGCGAGCAUCGCCCCAUUCGGUCAGUCUUGCACCAGCGGGAAAGUAGUGUCGGUUCCGCGCGCACAGCUACUUACGCCCGGUUGAGGUACUCUUGUAAUAGGCGGUCCUCGGUAUCGCCGCUGCACCCGAUGACGGACAGAGCGAUCCGGACCUGUCGGCCGGCUCGCGUCGUCAAUCGGCAUGUCAGGCCCUCGUCGCUCAGGCCCACUCGCUCUGCUACGAUCACGGUCUCCUCGAAGACGCCUCUGUGGAAACGCUGGCUGCUCUGAUAGCGUUGACCCAAACAGCCGCCUUUUCCGAGUUCGUGCCGCGCAAAUCAAAGUCGCUCCUGCGGACUGCGAUUGCGCACUACAAGGAAUUGAUCGAGACGGCGGCGAACGCGGCUCGGAUUACCGAGCUGCAGAGCUCUUUCGGCCUCGCCCUCUAUGUAAGUCCCAGGACCACAAGCGUAUAGUGAGGACUUAUAGACUUACUGAGACAUGGGUUCACAGACCCUGGAUGCGCUCAUCGCUGCCUACUCGCGGCGCAUGUGCAUGAUCACCGAAUCCGACCUCCACCACUACUUUGCUCAAGUCUCGAUUGUGCAACCGGGCCUUCCGCACGACUCAAUAUUGAACGCCUUUGGAUCGAUUCUACGCACGACCCCAUCGGCGGAAGAAGGGAUCCAACUUGCCGUCCAUACGCUCGCGUGUUGGGUCGCCGCCGCGCAGCGUCUGUUUUCGCGUAUCGCGAGUCCGCCGCUGGCCAUGAAUGAGGUCGAUAUAUCGAUUCGAGACUUGCUGCAAGCCGUGGAUGAUGGUCGAAGGGGCGUCGAGAUGCUGAAGCGGUAUAUACACGAAGUGGGUUUGACCCACGAGCACCACCACCACCACGGCCAUGGAUCCAAUAGCGAGACCUCUCCUUCGAGCGCUGCAUCCGUAGCGGCCGCAGCGGACCACGAGAAGGACUACCUCGCCCGCGUCAUUCGCUGCGAUCGCGAUCUCAUCGAUCUCAUCCCCAUGCUACGCACCUUUGUCCUCCACCUCCCCUCACCAGGUCUACCCAUGCUGGCACACGAAAUGACGAAUCGUGUUCGGCAAACGAUCAAACUCAACGCUCACUACGCGCGUGAAUACCUCCGCGGGGCCGAUCGACAUAUGCUUUACCACCAUGCGUUCCAACUCGAGCAUGCAGCGGAUUGGACUCAAUUGGCGACGCAACAGUACGAUCCACAUGAUGCCAAAGGUCCUCAGUCGGUCGCGGACGAGGUCAAUGCCGAUGAGUUGAAUUGGCUGAUCGAAGGGCUCAAGGGAGCAUGUUAUUACACGCCCAAGGCAGAGAUGAGGUUGCAGGAGAUGCAUUCGAUGCUCGAGGCGAAUCGGAAUGGGGGACCGGGCGUCGUCCAUGUCGAUGUUGAUGCGGCGCACGGCCACGCGUGGGCGCAAUGGAUGAGCACCUGA